AAUCAAAUAAUUCAUUCUCUAUAAACUAUAAUAAUGUGAUUGGAGUUUCUGAAAUAGUCUGUCUCAGAAAAAUAGAAAAUUCAUUAUACAUAUCUCAAAUCGCUUUAGCUAAGGUAAACGAUGAUGACAAUGUAUAUUUUUAUUCUGAAGAGAAGGAAGAGAAAGAAAUGAUUGAGGGGAUGCUAAGGUUGUGA